CACGCGGGUCAAAGUUCGCUUACACUAAACCUUCUGCCCCUUUAGCCGUUUCCGCAAGAUCAGAGUGAGGCAGCAGGGUAAUGGACGGCGAGGAGGGCGAGUACGUCCAGGAAGAGGCGGAGGUGAGCUCAGAGAACUCUGAGGAUAGCGAGGACUCCGAGGAAGAAGAAGAAGGAGAAGAUAUUGAAGGUCUUAUCAAUGACAACCCUGAUGAGGGAGGGGAGGAGAGUGGGGAGGGGGAAAGUAGUGCCGAGAGUGGAGGAGAGGGGGAGGGGGAGGGAGAGAGAAAGAAGAAGAGGAAGCGUAAAGUGGAUGACCAGUUAGAUGAAGAUGAUUUGGAGCUGAUCAAAGAAAACAUUGGAUUUGAUAUUCAGGCUGUGAGAUUGGGGGUCUUUGUAUCCCUAUAAUGUACGUAUGACUCAUUCUAUGCACUGUAUGUGACAUCACAGAAGAAGCAGCGCAGGGCUCACUUUGAGAGUGAUGAUGAAGAGGAGGAGGUGGGAGGGGGAGGGAGGGAUGCGGGGAGGAGGAUGGAAGAAGCAAGGAACAGUGAGAUUAGUCAGGUGUUUGGUGGAGAUGAUAGUGAUGAUGAAGAAUUGCCUCCGUCUGGUCUUUCAGCACGACAGGGAGGAGAGAGUAGGAGGGACCUUGAUGAAGAGGAGGGCACAGAGGAAGAAGGUCCUCCUACUGACGAUAUGGGUGAUUUCAUAGUGGGAGAUGAUGGGAGACCAAUCAAUAUCUCCAGACCUGGAGGAAUGGACGCCGAGCCGGCUCUGCUGGAGGCUCAAGAGAUAUUUGGACUGGACUUUGACGACCCCAAUGAGUUUGCUCGUGUGGCGGAGGAAGGUCUGGGCAGUGAGGAGGAGGAGGAGGAAGAGGAAGAUGAGUACCUGAGUGGAGAAGAAGAGGAGGAAGAGGAUGAGGUAGGAGGAUCUCAGAGACGCAGGCGACGUCGUCUCCGUAAGGCCAGGAAGAAGACCAGUAUCUACGACGUCUAUGAGCCGAGUGAGCUCGAGAGAGGCUUCUUUACCGACAGGGACAAAGACAUCCGUGUCACCGACAUGCCCGAGAGGUUCCAGACGCGGUCCCUGGCAGUACAGAAGACAGAGGAGGGAGAACUGGACGAGGAGGCAGAGUGGAUCUUCCAGAAUGUAUUCUCCAAACACCCCAUCUCUAAACAGCCACUCAGUUUCUCGCAGAAGCCGCGGGGCUCCGCUGGUAGGGGGUCCUCUGGGACCUACUCCAAACCCCCGUCAGCCGUGCCCAAGAUUAGAGAGGCCCUCAACUUCAUGAGGAACCACUCGUUUGAGGUGCCCUUCAUCGCCAACUACCGCAAGGAGUACGUGGAGCCAGAGUUGGACGUCCACGACCUCUGGACCAUCUGGCAGAGUGACGAGAAGUGGAUGCAGCUGAAGCAGAGGAAGGCUCAGAUGGUGAGAUUGUUCAAGAGACUCCAGGACUACCAGUUUGAGAAGGUGAGGGAGCAGCCGGACAAGGCACUCACCGAGGACACGCGACCUGUCUCUGAGGAGGACAUCGCCAGACUGAAGGCUGUAAAGACGGCUGAGGAGUUGUCUGACGUGUUUGCCCAGUUCAGUCUGUACUACGGCAGAGACCUGGUGGACAUGCAACAUCUCAAAGCAAUGCAGAAGAGACAGGGAGACAACGAGGACCAGGAGCUGGAGGUAACAGAGGGAAGUGGGGGAGGCGGGAGGUCCAAGAAGAAGACGGCCAUAAAGCAGGCUCACAGGAAGACGUUCUACGUGGCGUGUCAGGAGGCGGGGCUGGGUUCUCUGGCGGCCAAGUUUGGCCUCACUCCGGAGCAGUUUGGGGAGAACUUAAGGGACAACUACCAGAGACAUGAGACCGACCAGCACACGGUGGAGCCCGAGGAGGUGGCCCAGGACUAUGUCCAGCCUUCUGGUGUGUUCACGAGUGUCCGCAAGGUGCUGCAGGGGGCGUGUCACAUGGUGUCCCUCCAGCUGGCUGCGGAGCCUCUGGUGAGACAGGCUGUGAGACAGGUCUUCCAGACCAGAGCUCUCCUCAAUGUCAAACCUACCAAGAAAGGCAAAAAGUUGAUAGACGACACUCACCCGUGUGCUGGUAUGAAGUACAUGAGGAACAAACCAGUCAGGGACCUGGCGGGGGCUGACUUCCUGAGACUGGUGCAGGCAGAGGGAGAGGGCCUUCUGGAGAUGAAGAUUGGUAUUGACCUGGACCAGGGAGCCCAGGACACCAGGCGAGGCGGCGGAGGGCUACAGUCCUACUUUGAGGAGAUAAGACAACUCUUUUAUAGGGAUGAGUUCAGUCGUCUGGUGGAGAAGUGGAAUGCGCAGAGAGCCCAGGCGGUCUACUCUGCUCUGGUCAAGUUCCUCUAUCCUCUGAUGCAGAAGGAGCUGUACACCAAACUCCUCAUAGAGGCCAAGGAACAUGUCCUGAGGAGCUGUGUCCAAACGUUCCGAGACUGGCUGGACGGAGCUCCGCUGGCAGCCAAGAAGGAGGAGGACGAGGAGGACAGGUACCUCUCCCAGGGUGAGGGCCCCUUCACCAAAGUCGUGGCUGUGGCCUUUGGAUCUGACAAGAUGGUGCCCGCAUUCUGCUGUGCUCUGGACAGCACAGGCUCAGUGGUGGACUACCGGAGACUCCCCAACAUCCUCAAGAGGAGAAUCAGCCCCUCUGAGAGAGAGAGGAAUGAAAAGGAGAAGGAUCUAGAGAGUUUCAAAGACUUUGUCUCAAGAAAGAGACCUGAGGCUGUUGCUCUUGCUGCUGAAUCCAGGGAUGCCCUGAUGUUGGCAGAUGACCUGAGCAAUGCUCUGGUGGAGCUGGAGGGAGAGGAGGGUGUCCCAGUGGUCCCUGUGGAACUGGUCACCCCCGACGUCGCCAAGAUCUUCUCCAAGUCUCCCAGAGCAAAGGAGAGUUUUCCGGAGUACCCAGAGCUACUGUGUGAGGCCAUCUCGCUGGGCCGACGACACCAGGAGCCACUCCUGGAGUUUAGUUCCCUCGCCUGUGCCGAGGACGACGAGCUACUCUCCCUCAAGAUGGACCCCCUGCAGUCUUCCCUGGACACCGACGACCUGCGCUCCUGCUUGGAGCUUGAACUGGUCACCAGAGUCAACGAUGUCGGAGUGGACAUCAACUUCUGUCUUGAGAACCCUCACGGAGUCGGCAUGCUCCCGUUUGUCUGUGGACUGGGCCCCAGGAAGGCCAUGUUCUUACUCAAGAUUCUGAAGCAAGAGAACUCUCAGCUAAAGAACAGGUCGGAGCUGGUAACGCAGUGUUCCACUGGACCGCAGGUCUUCAUCAACUGUGCCGGAUUCAUCCGCAUCGACACCAAUGCCUUCACCGACACUGACAACACCUACAUAGAGGUGCUGGACAGUACCAGAGUCCAUCCUGAGACAUACGAGUGGGGCCGCAAGAUGGCAGUGGAUGCUCUGGAGUACGACGAGACUGGAGAUGAGAGCCACCCAAGUGCAGCAGUGGAGGAUAUUCUACUGACUCCUGAUAAACUCAGAGAUCUGGACCUCGAUGCCUUCGCAGAGGAGCUAGAGAGACAGGACUAUGGGAACAAGAGGACGACACUAUAUGACAUCAGAGACGAGCUCUUCUCUCCCUACAAGGAGAGGAGGAAGCCCUACCAGUCCCUAAGUCCUGAAGAAAAGUUUGCCCUUCUAACAGGUGAGACUCCAGAGAGUCUGUACAAGGGGAGACUGGUGACGUGUACGGUGGUGGGCAUCGUUCGCCGGAAACCGCCGCGAGAUGUCCUGGACAGAGCUAACCCCAUAGAGAACAAGACGACUGGUUACUGGCAGUGCCCCUUCUGCCUCAAGGACGACUUUAGAGAGCUGAGUAUGGUGUGGCAGCAUUUCGACGAUGGUAGUUGUCCGGGGCAGGGGAUCGGGGUGCGCGCCCGACUGGAGAACGGUCUGUCGGGAUUCAUACACACCAAGAACCUCAGUGACAGUCAGGUCAACGCCCCCGAGGAGAGGGUCCACAUUGGAAUGACUAUCCAUGCUAGGGUCUUGACAGUGAAUGUGGAGAAGUUCUCAGUUGAUCUCACCUGCCGCUCCUCUGACCUCAAGGACUCUGACGGAAGAUUCAGUGUUGCAAAGGAUGUCUAUUUUGACAAGCAGGCGGCAGAGGCAGACAUGAAGAAAGAGGAAGCUGCUCACAAACACCCCAAACAAAGGUACAUCAAACGUGUGAUAGUUCAUCCAGCGUUCCUCAAUGCCUCAUUCAAGGAGGUGGAGAAGGAGUUGGCUAAGAUGGACCUGGGAGAGGCCAUCUUCAGACCCAGCAGCAAGGGAACAGAUCACCUAACACUGACGUGGAAAGUGGAUGAGGACAUUCUCCACCACAUUGACAUACAGGAGCAGGGGAAACCCAACCAGUUCAGUCUGGGGAAAUCCCUCUGGAUUGGCAGUGAUGAAUAUGAAGACCUGGACGAGAUUCUGGCGAGGUUCAUCCAGCCCAUGGCAGCCCUGGCCCGCGAACUCAUCUCCCACAAGGUCUACCGGCCGGCAAACGGAGGAGACAAGAAAACACUCGAGAAACUCCUCUCCGACGAACGCAAGAAAAACCCAAAGAGAAUUCCCUACUUUUUAAGCGCCUUGAAAAAGUCGCCGGGAAAGUUCUGCCUCGCCUAUCAGCCUGGGAGUAAACAGAUCGUGGAGUAUUUCUCCAUCACUCCCGAUGGCUACCGCUAUCGGAAUCAGGUUCACCCUACCGUUAACGCCCUCAUCACUUGGUUCAAAGGUCACUACCGAGACCCAAUACCUCGCCCCGUUCCUUCGUCUCAGGCCAUGCCUCCUCCGCAACAUGCACACCACCGGGGGUACCAACACCCCGUGGCCUCCCCCAUGUCCUCCACUCAUGGGUCCUCCAGGACCGGGGGAAGUACUCCGUAUACCCCACAGUGGCCGACGGCUACCCCACCACCCUCGCACUAUGGAGGACACCAGGCCUCUUACUCCCAGCAAGGCGGGCACCAGUAUAGUGGGUAUAGUGGUGGGGGAUAUCAGCAGCAGCAGUAUCGUGGUGGAACGGCAGGGGCUGCCUCAUAUGGAGCAGGAAGCUACCAGGGAGGGUAUCAGGGGAGGAGUGGAGGAGGGGGAGGUGGGUGGGGCCAGCAGAAUUGGACAUCGGAACAGUCUUUCUCUCGUACCCCGGGCCAGACUCCAGCCUACACCCCGACACAGACUCCAGGGUCCUACAUGGGGAGCCUGACAGGGACACCCCACUCCAGGAGUAGCCACCCCAGGCACACCCCAGCCUCCCCUCUUCAAACCCCUAUUCUGGAUGAAUGAUUAAUUUUUGGCAGCAUUAUUAUUGUGUAGUA